AUGUCUCGAGUCAUAUCGUACGGGGCGAUGGACGCAGAAAAUCAGUCUGAGGUAGUGAUUGUGUCCACGAGCCGGGCUUCAUUAUUUCGAAUGGGGCACGACGAAGCCAGUGAAAGCCUGCUCCGACCAAGGAGAAGAGCGGCUCGUACUGGCGGCGGUCUUUUUGCCGGCUGUUGUUGCGUCGCAUGCAUCGUUCUGUUGUUUGUGAUAACUGUACUCCUGAUCUCCUUCGGCUACAUCGUUUUGGCUGUAUCAUGCUUUUCACAGCUGCAUCCGCCUCGACUGGUGAAAAACUAUCGCGAUUUCGAGCAAAAGUCUUUUACAGUGGGAUUCGACUUGACCGCUGGCUAUGGAACAGCCUCAGUCUCCUUUUCCAACGGCACAGUGGUCGACGUUGCCCGGGUGGAAGCGACUGCACGAUACAAUAAAGUCAUGAAGCGACUGUCUGACCAAUCCUCUGCUCACCCGACGCCACCCUAUUACAAUUGCGAAGCAUCUUUCAACGAUGUCCCCCGACAAUGGGGGCGCUACUUUCGGAAGAAGGCCGGGCACCCAGCAUCGCCUGAAGUUGCUGCAUUUACUGACGUGCUUGGUAAGUUGAAAGAACAAGUCGACGCCUUCUUGGUUCCGUACGGUACUCUCGAAAUGGCGCACGUCACCGUUCCUCAUUUCCCUGCCAUCUACGUCGAGGAUCUGCUUGAUGCAGCCGAGCAUGCCAACUUUCAACUGCUUACGAUGCCCAACUAUCGUCCCGGAGACCAAGCUCAGUGGCCUAUAAACGAACUCAACUCUGCAAUGGCGGGAAAUAGCAUCGGGAGGAGCCACUCACCUGAAGACAACGACAACUCUUUCUUCGUCUUGUACACUCGGACGGCUUUAGCCGCGUUUGUUGGCCCUUUCUGGACCUCUACUCAUUACUACGCAGCAUCUGGCGUCGCCAAUUUCAGUAUCGGGUUCGCAGAAUGCUCAAAGCAAGCAAACGCCCUAUUUGAAGACUGCCCUCCAGAGGCGCCUUACUGGCAGGAAGUUCGUGUCAACCUGCGAGAUAGUUUGGCUUCUUACUAUCUCGGGGCAAACCUUGCCCGCGUGAUCGUCUUCGGCGAGAGCUCAUACAAUGAGGUAUUUGCAGACGUAUUGAGGCAAGAGGUUCUCGCAGCUCAAGAGCGGGAAGGCAAUUUGCCCCGUCUGUAUGACGAUUUUCCUAUCUUUUCUCCCGCCAGGGGCGCGGCCGAGUUUGGCAAGGUCUGUGCAAGGUCGAAUAUUUCAUUCGCAUGCAUUCCAGAUAUAAGCCCGAGAAUGCAAGGCUGGUGA